AUGGCUUCCGCUACAAGUGUUCGAACUUUUAUGAAGGUGGUGUCUAGGAACACCGUUUCACCAGCUUGGUCUCUUCGUAUUGCCACUCGUCCCGCGAGCAAGAGCCUUGCGAGGCCGGCCUUCCAACGAUGCUCCCGGCGCCACUAUUCAUCCCAGCCUCCACGCCAAGCCAACAAUAUUGGCACUAUGGGACUGAUCGCCGCCAUUGCUGUUCUCGCGGGUGGCGGGUACUACUUCAAAACUCAAGUUGCGGAGAGACAGACCAAGCCAAAAGUCGUAGGUCAACCGCCAGCGUCUUCAAGCCGUCUGCGGAAGAUUACCAAAAGGUGUACAAUGCUAUUGCAAAAGCUAUUUGGGACAACGACGAGUAUGACGACGGGUCAUAUGGGCCUGUUCUACUUCGGUUGUCGUGGCACACAUCCGGAUCUUACGAUGCCGCAACCGGAACUGGGGGAAGCAAUGGAGCCAUCAUGCGAUUCGCUCCAGAAAGCCAGCCCAGUUUCCGUGGAUCACCUACUCGGAUCUCUGGACUCUCGCGGGUGUCUGCGCAGUUCAGGAAAUGCAAGGCCCAAUUGUCCCGUGGCGGCAUGGUCGACAAGACCGAGACGUCUCUAUUGCUCGCCCGAGGGCCGUCUCCCAGAUGGGGAAAAGGACCAACAUCACGUUCACGCCGUCUUUAGCAGAAUGGGGUUCAACGACCAAGAAACGGUGGCUCUCAUCGGCGCCCACGCCGUCGGACGCUGCCACCCGGACAGAUCUGGUUUCGACGGGCCCUGGACUUUCUCUUCCACAGUGUUCACCAACGAGUACUUCAGGCUGCUUAUGGAGGAGAAAUGGGGAUGGCGGAACUGGAAAGGGCCCAAACAAUACCAGGACCAGACCAGCAAGAGCCUCGUGAUGCUGCCCACAGACAUGUCGCUGAAGCAGGACCCCAAGUUCAGGAAAUACGUCGAGAUUUAUGCCAAAGACGCCGACAAGUUCUCCAACGACUUCUCCGCCGCCUACUGCAAGUUGCUCGAGUUGGGAGUGCCCUUCGACAGCAGGCCCGAGGACAGAAUCACCUUCAAGCUGACUAUCGAAUCGUAG